AAAUCUCAACUCCAAGACACUGAAGAAAAUUUUAUGAAAAUUUUGUGCAAUUACGAGGAAAGUUCGGUAGAGGAAAAGCGAUUUCUAAUCGUGAAUUGCGACAACGUGUUUCAGGAUCAUGACAACCCUGAUUGGAUGCUUUCGGUGCUGGAUGUCCUGGCCAGCCUCCUCGAGGGCAUUGAUCGAGUCACAACGAAUUCGCGCCACAAACUGCCCGAUGUUCCGUUGGGAAGCAGUAAGGGUCGAACGCCGUGGACGUUUACCCCUCACAAUGCCCAAUACGUCGCCUACCUCAUGUCUCGGUUGCUUGGGAGCAAAGCUGUCGACGUGCGCUCCCGCAAUCUCAUCCACAAAGUCAUUUUGAGGGUCUUCAAGGCCGCUAAUGGAUCACAGGUGAAGGCCGCUCUUCUUCGUUUUUCAAAAUCAUUUGCAAAAUUCCUCACUCCAGCCGAAGUAAAGGACCUAAUUCUUCCACUUUUAAGCCUGUGCCUGAAUUCUCGGAACGUUGAAGCACAGGCAGCUGCAAUGGAGGCUUUUCCAAGACUAGUCGAGUACCCGAUUCCCAUUGAAAUGUAUGAAAGGUGCCUUCAGAAAGCGGUCAAUGCGUUCAAGAAAAGCUCCUCUCGACCUCAGAUCCAAUCGGUUGCAAUUUUGUGCAUGGCAAACAUUUUGCCUUAUCUUCCACUGGACGUGGUUGAGAACACCCUGCUUCCCUUUGCCCUGGAGUCAGCUGCCGACGCGGCAAACAAUGGAACAACCGUGCGAAUCUACGGCGCGGCAGGUGAAAAGUCUGCCUCCAGCGCCACAUCCACCACCGACGGAAGAGGUCCGCAUGAGGUUCCUUGUCUCAUUCCCGAAUACCUCAUCAAUUUUGACUUUUUCCUGUCAGAAGGGGAACCUGUUAUAUCGAUUUGUUGUUUGUUAAAAACCAUCCUCCGGGAAAGACGCUCCAUCCUUUCGCCUUCAAUGAUUGCCAUGGAAAUUCUCCCUUGCCUCCUUCCUCACACUCUCAAUAAACAAUGGCAGUUCAGUGAGUUCAAGUACAUAAUGUCCACCCUCUACGAGUACCUAAAUUACCUCAACGAAUCCAACCAGGCUUCCGGCAGUCAAGACCUGUCUAUCCACCAUCUUCCGAUAAAUGAACCUCGAGCAGCCGACCAGGGCGUAAAAGUCUGCAUUAAUCUGGAAGACUUAGGCGAAGAAAACAAAGACGGAGAAAGUCCCCGGUACCCAAAUACGGCAAUAUGCAUCCAACGGCGGGGAAGCGGCAACAUUAUCCUUCCGAUAAUAAGUGCAUCUUCGGAGAACACCAUGAACACGAAUGCGGAAUCACGCCCGAAGUUCACCCUAGACGACAACGACGCAUCUCAAUUGGCUCCAAGACUCCAAAGGCCACGAUCGGUUUCAUCGGCGUUAGCUUCUUCAACGAUGGCCCCGAUGAACGGAACUCACACGAAGACCCACUUACUGCCGGCUGGCCAAAACCUCCUCACCGUCUCCGUCUGCGAGGGUCCAUUUGGCCUCCCUGACAAGGGCAGGCGGCGUUCGUCCGCAGUCGACCUCCGCGCACAAAUCGACUCCUCCCCUGCUCUGACUACGCCAGCAAGUCCAAAAAAAUCUACUUCGAAGCUGAAUAUUCUCGACGUGAUUCCAAACAUCAGACGGGCAAGCGAGAAUGCGCUAAAUAUUUCCAACGUACGUGGAAUAUUCAUCUUUUGA